UUUAUUGAUCCUUAUUGCAAUGGGAUUUUUGCCAAAGUGGUUCCCCUAAAGUUACUGAUUUUAUAGGAGUGGCACCCCUGCAUAGUUCCUUGACUUAGUUUACUCUUUACUUAAUUAAUGAUGCGAGGCGCACCAGUCUAUUGCUUUGUGUUCCACUGGCCACAUGUGCUAGUGUGGGUCAGUGAGCAGCGAUACAGCGUUGAGGACAGAUCCAAUUUCAAGUUUCCUCUUGUGUCCUCCAAAAUUCUUAAAAGUUUGGACAUCAAGUUCCUGUAUUUCCCUGUGUGCUCAAUAAUUCUGAUUUUUUCAGAUUUUCUCAACAAUUCAAAGUGUACGAACACAGUAUGAAGUACGCAUUGCUGGUAUUGUUUGCAUGUGUCGUCGGCCUCCACGGUGGACAUGAAAAAGAGAAAGGCGGCUCUUCCCACGAGCAUCAGUUGGUGGAGAGUAAGAUAUCACAGGGAGUGCUAAGUCUGAUUGAGAAUGCCGUGAAGGUUGCCCAGUACACCAAGGUUGCGGAGAGACAGAAGGCACUGAGUCGUGUGCAAGUCAAACUGGAGGCUAUUGUGGAGCUACUGGAGUCAGAGGAACUCGACCCCGAACCCGCAACUACCGUUUACUACAAAAAUUGUCAAUCUCUAUUGAGCGAGGGCUUCAGAGAGAGUGGCGUGUACGACAUCUACCCAGAAUAUCCCGAAGUAAUGGAACCAAUGAAGGUGUACUGCGACCAAGUCACAGAUGGUGGAGGCUGGAUUGUUUUUCAGCGUCGCCGGGAUGGGCUUCAAUCAUUCGAGAAAACAUGGGACGAGUACGCCCAGGGCUUCGGUAAUCUUAGCACUGAGUUCUGGCUGGGUAACAACAACCUGCGAAUCCUUACUAAGCCUAAGAAGUCUCUUGGAAGUUUGGGCGGGAACGUUGUGCUGCGAGCUGAAGUCACCGACUGGGCUGAUUUGAAAGCGUUCUCAAAGUAUAACACAUUCACCGUAACUGGAGAUCUUUACACUCUGACUGCUGAGGACUUUGACGAGUCAUCGACAGCAGGGGAUGGAUUGGCAUAUCAAACAGGCAUGGACUUCACCACUAUCGACCGGGACAACGACGAGGCAUCUGGCGGUAACUGUGCUGAAUGGAUGAGGGGUGGCUUCUGGUUCAACUACUGCCACACAGCCAACCCUAACGGCCCAUAUCUCCAGCGAGGCGGACCCUACGGGGCCUUCACACCAGGGACUGACCAGGGGGUGAGCUGGACUACGUACACCGGGCAUGGUAGGGAACCAAGGCAGUAUUCCCUCAAGGGGACAGAGAUGAAACUGCGCAGAGAGCCGGAGAUUCUUCAAUAAGUACAAGAUGUAUUUGAUGGAUUCAUCUCAAUUUAAGCACCUGCAAAUUAUUUCAAUAAUUCAAGUGAACAGUAAAUUUACAUGAUUGAACAUUGGAACAAAAUAAUGUUUAUUUUCCAUUGACUGAGUGUCGCCGAUUAACAUGGGAAAUUCACAUGGGCUAGAGGAGGAGGACUCAAUAGAGGGCGCUGUCAGAAAAGGUUUUGUAUCACAUUAUUUGCCGUAAGGGUUGGGGGGGGGGGGGGCGACCAGAAUCUCCGGAGGGAGGACAGCAUCUCAUGUCACAAAGGCAGCUUCCAGUGGUUGUUCGUUAUGGAGAUUGUGGUUUUAAGACUACUGGUGACUACUUCUUUCAGCAAUCAGACAUUAAUUCCAUAAUCUUAAUGAUUUAAAGUUAAAAUUUGAGACAGUAAAAUAGCCUUAUCGGUUUGAUCGCAAAAUAUUAUUACGAUCUCGCCUCCGUUUUGUUUUGAGUUAUCAGUAGCAAUUUUGAUGA